CCCAGCGCCUCAACUGCCGCGUUCACUCAGAGGCCUGUCUCGAUGACUUCAUGGCCUCGCUGCCAACGCGCCUCAUCCAACCUCACCUGCCCGAUCACAUCCAUAAAGCCAGGCUGCUCAUUGUAAUCCUGCCAGUGAGCUCGACGACCACGACAUCUCCCCUCCCCGCGAUCCAUCAUGGCCACCCUCGCAAAGACAAUCGUCGCCACCGGCGUCUCCUCUGGACUGGGCUUCGAGGCCGUCAAGCAGCUCCUCGAGCAGGCCCAGCCGUACCGCAUCGUCCUCGGCGCGCGCGACACCGCCGCCACCGCCGCCGCCUUUGACCGCCUCGUCUUUGACCGCGCCGCCAACCCCCUCACCGUGCUGCCCCUCGACCUCGCCGACCUGCGCGCCGUCCGCGCCUUUGCCGGCCGCGCGCUCGAGAGCGUCGACGCCAUCGACUGCCUCUUGCUCAACGCGGGCGUGAGCAAGGGCGCCGAGGGGCCCGGCCCGCACGGCUCGCGCUGGUGCGAGGCCGCCGUCGUCAACCACUUUUCCCAACACUACCUCGUGCACCUCCUGCGGGAGAAGCUCGUGGCGUCGCGCGCGCGCAUCGUCGUCGUCUCCUCGGGCGCCGUCCGCAACGUCCCCGAUCCAAGCAAGCUGGAGCAGGACCUCGCCGCCGGGUCGGGCGCGCACUUCCGCGCCAUCUACUCGGAGAGCAAGUUUGCGCAGCUGCUCGGCGCGCACUGGUGGCGCCGCCAGCUCGAGGGCCGGUGCCGCGUCGUCGCCGUCUCGCCCGGCCUCAUCCCCGGCACGGGCCUCGGGCGCUCCACCGGCCUCAAGCCGUCCAUGGACAUGCCCGACGCCAAGACGGUCCCCGAAGGCGCGGCGAGCAUCCUGGCGGCGCUCACGCGAGACGACUUCCCCGAGGACCCGGAGCGCAUCUUCCUGACGAGCUGGGGCGAGUGGUGGAGCAAGGACGUGUACGGCAACAGCCUGGACAGGGCGCUGCAGGACAAGUGGUGCCCGAGCAGGGAGGAGCUGGAGAAGGAGGCGGGCAUUUCUUCCUAGACCGGGGAUGACAGUAUACAGUGGGUGGGCGUACAAGAGUGGUCUCGUGUCACAAAGCACAUUACGCAUAUCACGAGAGUCACAUGGCAGCUCCGCUAGGGUGCCCCCUCGAUGCAAGAACAACGCCUUUGGACGGGCCCCGUCAUCAGAAAGUAGCAACCUCGUUUCUGUCAAAAGAUGGCAACGCCGUUGGGCGGACUGGCCACUCCUCCCGGAACCUCGUGACGUGUCAGCAAGCGCCGCCACUGCAUGCUCGCGGCAGAAACUUACAUUCAGCGGCACGCUGCUAAAGAAGAAGGUGUACCGCCUCCGCCUGGCGCACUCUUCGCUCAGCCGCUCGAGGUCAAACAGCUCGCCGAUGGGCAUGCCCCAGCCCGCCAGCAGCCACUCGUGCAGCCGGUGCUCGGGGUCCUGGCACGGCCACGCCUCCAUGGCCGGCUGGUCGCCGGCGACGGCCGCGAACGACUCGUCCCAGAGCCAG